AUUUAAGAUGCAAAUAGACAACAGUGACGGUCUUGGAGCAUACCGAAAUGUUUCAAACGAAACAGGUAUGAUGAUCUUAAUAGAUACAUAUCACGCGGAGUUACUUUGGAUAUAUUUUUCACCGUGUGUAAUACUUUUAGGAAUGAUUUCAUCAACUUUGUCCAUAAGUGUUUUAUUGAGAAGAACUAUGAGACGUUCUACAACUAUGUUUUAUCUAACAGUUUUAUCAUUUGGAGAUAUUCUAGUGGUCAAUACUGGACUUUUACGCCAAUGGAUACGAGUGGCUUUUGACACUGAUAUUCGAACAUUCGGUCGCCUCAAUUGUAAAAUCCACGUUUUUCUGACAUAUUUUUCACUCCAGUUUACGGCAUGGAUUUUGGUUGCUGUGACCAUAGAUAGGUGUAUAUCAGUAAAACUUCCAUUGAAAGCAAUGUAUUAUUGUACAUUGCGACGUAGCCGUUUUGUUGUUGUUUCGAUCGCCAUUCUUUUAAUCAUGCUCAAUGGACACUUACUAUUCACUACCGAUUUUCAAGAUGAAAUAUGUCAGUUUGACUCAUUUUCGGUGUCCGCUUGGCCUUUUAUAGACUUUGCUGUAUAUUGCUUUUUUCCAUUUACUAUAAUGCUGAUAUGCAAUGUUCUUAUUAUUCGGACAAGUAUCAAAUCUUUCAAGCGGUUUUCAAGUAUCAAAGAAAACACUUUGCCUAAGAAUUUGGCAUAUCAAGCAAAUUCCAGACGGCAACACAAUCGAAAUUCAAAUAUGACGGCCAUGUUACUAUCAGUGAAUAUAUCCUUCCUCGUUUGUACACUUCCGGUUUCAGUGUAUUACAUCUGUGAGACGUUUUAUAUGGAAGCAGACCCAUCUCUCAUGUAUCUUCUAGAAGCCAUUUCAAGCUUAUUAAUGUAUCUGAACAAUGCAAUUAGUUUCUUUCUUUACUGUCUUUCUGGGACAAAAUUUAGAAAAGAAUUGGUUAAAAUGUUUACAAGGACUAAGAAAAGGGAAAAGACAAGUGCAGGAAUUUAUACAGUUGAAAGCGUUUCGUCAAUAGUGGAUUAGUAAAAUCAUUUUAUCAAUCCCUAACAACUAUUACUCCUAUUAUAUAUAUGUAUAUGUUUAU